GCCAAAGGGCCUCUGGGAAGGGCAAGCAGAGGGGCUAGUGCCAGCCUCCUCUCGCUGCCCCUCUGCUUCACUUCGCCGCCCCGACUGGCUCCAAACCUCCAAGCCUGGGUUUACGGGCGUUUAGUCGCAAUUCCCGAGGCCAAGACGGGAUGGUGUCUGUGAGGGAGCUUGGUCAGCCACUUCAACAGCAAGGAGAUAUGUCUCCUUACGACCAAAGGAGAAAGUGAAACAAAACGGUGCAGAAGCUAGAGCUCCAGGGGAGAAAGAAAAUGGAAGAGAAUCCAAGCGUGGAUGUGUCUGGAGCUCGACCAGCCCAAGAUGAGGUGGGGAGCACAGCAGAGCAUCCUGUGCACGAAGAGCCCACCCAAGAGACACUUGAGCACCAAGUGGCAAGCGGGUGGCCCGAGACCUCCUGCAAACCAGAGGAGGACUCUUUGGUGUGUAAAUCACCAACUGCUGAUGGUGGAGGAACGAUACUGUCGGAUUUAGCUGACCCCACAGUAGAGGAGAAGGUUCCCCAGGAAACUGAAGUAUCACUGGAAGAAUCUGGGAAGACAAGAGACUGUGUCUCGGAAAGAUCCCAGGAAGAAGAUGAGUUGGAUGAAGCCAGGCUGGCCGAUGAUAAAACAGACAGCAAAGGAGACAGCCCUGUCCACCAGAAAACAUGGGAGGACCAGGAGACAAGCAGGCUAUGUGAAAGCUCCUACACAGCAGAGGAAGAUGUUUCAUCAAGAAGCAAGUCCCUGAACUCUGACAGUAAAAUGACGCAUUCGGAUGCGACUGCCACAGAAGAUGUCACCAAAGGUGUCUUGGCAGAGAAGAGCACCAGUGCCCCUAUCCUAGACUGGGAGCCAGAAGAGCACACAGAGCAAGAAACACAGGAGAGCGGAUCCCAAGGCACAUUAAGGAACAGACAUGGGACCAAAGAGCGCACAGCCCCAAAGCCAGAGGCUCAGUCCUGCUUGCAGAACGUCACCACCCAAAACACAGACCAGGAGCAGGCCAAAAAGUCCCUCUUGCUGAAAGGUGAGGAAAAGAAGCUUCCCUUGCGUGUUACUCAUCGACCAGAAGGCACUGAUCCUCCAGGAACAAGGUUUGUCAUCAUGAGCCUCAUGUUUCUCGGCUUCUGCAUAUUGUGCUUUGGCAACCCGACCUCCAAAUCCCAGCAAGCCCCCAAGAACCCCACGGUGGAGGCAUUCCUCUCCCAGUUCAACCAGCUGCAGGACAGGUUUCCGGGGCAGAGUCCCCACCUGUGGCUUCGCGGGCGCAAGUUCCUGCAGAAGCACCUCAAUGCAUCCCACCACACUCAGCCGGCCAUCAUCAUCUUCACAGCCGCCCGCAAGGGCGAGUGGACCUUGCGAUGCCUUAGCACCCGUGUGGCCGACACCUACUCGGCCGCCCUGCAUGCUAGUACAGUCCAGAUCGAUGGCACGGAUAAAUCCAGGCUCCAGAGCGACCAGGCCAAGCUGGAGGUGGACUCAGAGCUGAGCUCAGCUUUCCAGGCCGGGGACCGUGCUGCGGUGAUACACCGCUUUGAGUUGCUGCCGGCGGGGGCCACCCUCAUCUUCUACAAGUACUGCGACCACGAAAGUGCUGCUUUCAAGGACGUGGCCCUGCUGCUGACCGUGCUGCUGGAGGAGGAGAUGCUGGAGACCCACAUCAGCCUCCAGCAGGUGGAAGAGAGGGUCCGUGACUUCCUCUGGGCCAAGUUCACCAACACCAGGACCCCCAGCUCCUACGACCACAUGGACUCCGACAAGCUGAGUGGGCUGUGGAGCCGCAUCUCCCACCUGGUCCUACCGAUCCACCCAGUGCAGACCAUCGAGAAGGGGGGCUGCCAUGUCCAUGCCAAACCCUAGGGGCAAAGGCUACCAAAGCCCCGGAAGGGUUGAAAAGACGGUCCUGGCUGACUCUGAUGCAGGCGGAGGCACAAACAGUGCUAUUUCUCUUCGAUUUGUUUCGCAUACCCUCCUGGGAAGAGUUGGACAGGUACAAGUUGAUCCAGGCCAUUUGGCCAGCUGAGUCCUGGAGGCAAUAGAUCACACUUCCUUCUGGCAGAUGAGAAGAGCGGAUAUUUUAGACCGUUGAUUGCACGGGAGAACAUCGCUGUGUGGGGAGGCAGGAGGGAAAACAGGACUUGGCAGGUAGCGUUUCUAUCAGGAAAUACACAAAUAACCUACACAACUAGUACGCCAGAAAGAUACUUCAGUUCAGUAGCUCUUUCAUUUCUCCCCACCCUUCCAUUUGCUAAUGUCGCGUACAUCAGUCUCGCAGUCUACUUUAUCUAGAAGGUUUCUGUCUCUUUGCAGAGAGCUGCUGGAACACAGGAAAGUCAAAUUCCCCAAAGCCCAACAUUUUGAAGGCAUGCUUCAAAAAGAAAACCAGUUUGCUAGUCAAGGGGUUGGCCAGUCAGUCCUGAUAGAGUCCCACUUGCACAGACUGAAUGACACCCAGCAAAGAUCAGAUCCUAAAUAUAGGAUGUUCAAACAAACCUGCAAUUCAGAAAUCCCCUAAACAUCAAUUACAAGAAAUUCCAGGUUGUCAGCAUUUAAACACUGCACUAAGGCGGGCGGGACCCCAUAUGCCAGAGAACAAGCUCCAAAGACAGAGAGCAAUGAAACAGAAACCACCUUACUGUCGCUCUGAUAGUGUGAAGCCUCAAGGAAUUGCACAGGUGAAAGAAUGAGUAAUACAAUUUCACUUAAUGCUACCUCUUUAUAAAAAAGUCUACUCUGGAUCCCCUUGCCACCACAAGGCUACAACCAUCUCUUUGGGCUGAUGCAUCAGCUUUGGUCCUACACGAUAGAUUGCCUUUCACCCAGAUCUCUGAUCUGUGUGUAGGGCAAGAAGCCGUCUGCCUGCCUCUCCCCAGCUAACUUUUAUUGAUGAAUGUAGAUGUUAACAUUGAUAUUUAUUUCAAACCACGUAGGGUAGCACUCCAGGUCCUUGCCCUCCAAAGGUACAUUUGCCCCCCUGCCAGGCAUCGGGUGCUCUGGCAUAUGCUAAAGCAACUAGGAGCAGAGCUGGGAUUAGCUGGUAAAGACAAAAUCUCUGGCGUUAACACUAAAAAUCCUCAAUGAAGCAGGCUGGUUUCUUACCGGCCCUCCUCUUCUGCAUCCCAGGACGAAAAAUCCGAGUCCUUGAAACACUGUGGUGCCCCUGCACACUGCGUUUCUGCAGAUGCUCUGGGGCAGAGCAGCCAACUCAGGGAACACCUGGGGGGUAGGUGCAGGUUACAGCAUUUAUAAUAACCCAACAGUCAGCCCCAGGUGUCAGCCCCUUGUGCCUACGGUGCUGCUUGCCAGAGAAAGAGCAGCUGUAGCAGAGCACGGCUUAUUUCCAUGGAAGCAGCACAGACUGGGACCUUGCAGAGCCAGGCUCUGUGUCCGAGCAAGUCGCAAAUCGAGAACACUACGGUGUUUUUACAAGCAGCGCAUCCGAGUGCCACUUACAGCAACUGGACCCUGGCGUUGGCCGGGUCUUCUGCCAACGGUGCCUUGCUGAUCUGCCCCACUGAUGGCUCAGCUGAGGCACAGCCCUGCACCCUAAAACCACAACCUGUCUCUUCUUUCCUCCUGCCAUGUGCCUUGUCCUGUCUCGGGAGAUUUGUGGCCAUUAACUCGGAGGAGGG